CGUCAUCUCUAACAGGUCGGACGAGAGAGAGAGAGAGAGAGAGAGGAAGAGGAAGGAUAGAUUUACCGCAUCGGCGUUCCAAAAGGCAGACGAACUCGGAGAGACAGAUAGCGAUAGCGAGACAUGGUUUCUCAUUGAUUUUUGUUUGACAAUCCUUUCUUUUCUUUUUUUUUGUUCUUUCGAAAAACGAAAAUUUUCGUUGGUUCCCUCCGAUUUGGCCUGCUGGUGAAGAUAUGGCCGGAGCUAAAGAUUCGGGUUGCGAUGAUGAUCUCCGAAUUGCUGGUGGAUGUGACCCUGGAAAACGCGGGAACCCGGAGGAUUCCUCGUCUCCUGUCGAAGUCUCGUGCUCGAUUUGCCUCGAAUCGGUGCUCGAUGAUGGUACCAGAUCCAAGGCUAAGCUCCAAUGUGGUCACCAGUUCCAUUUGGAUUGCAUUGGAUCAGCAUUUAACAUGAAAGGAGCCAUGCAAUGCCCUAACUGUCGCAAUGUCGAAAAGGGUCAGUGGUUGUAUGCAAACGGUUCUACUCGCCCCUUUCCAGAGUUUUCCAUGGAAGAUUGGAUCCCUGAAGAAGACUUGUACGGUUUAAGCUAUCCGGAAAUGCAAUAUCGGGUCCAUUGGUGCCCGUUUGGUGAACUCUCUCAAGCAGCAGCUUCUUUCGAGGAACUGGAACCUGCAACCACUACAUAUCAUACUGAGUUCCAUGGACAUCACGCCGCUGCUGUGAAUCAUUCGUAUCUUGCAUAUGUUGGACCUGGCCCAGCCGCUACCCCGAGAACUAGCGACAAUAACAGCACAGAUGAUCAUCCCUGGAACAGCCACUCUAACGAUCACUUUCACCAGCUUCCUGUUGCCCCCCAGUAUCAUCACCAUUCCCCAUCGUUUUCACUACCCGCUGCUCAUGUGGUUGAUGGUGAAGUUGACUCUUCAGCAGCACGAGGCCUACCUUAUGCGCAUCCAUUUCUUUUUAGUCACCGGUUAGCUUCUCAAACUCCCUAUUGCUCUCAACUUCUUGCAGAGUGUUUUACAAUAUUCUUUUGGAAUUGGGCAUUGUAGGUCUAAUCAAAGGUCCUCACCAGCAAUUAACAGUUACCAAGGAAGCAGCACCCAAAUGCGUGAACAGCAUCAUGCUUAUAAUCAUCAGAGGCAACAACAUCAUGCCAAUGGUCCCACUCUCGCAUCACCUCUCAUCUCCAUGACAAGAAGGGGAUUACCGCCGCCGCCACCUCCCCCACCAAUGCCAGAUCAGAACGUUGGAUUCUUCAUUUAUCCAGGUGGACACCAUGAACCAGAAACCGAUCAAAUUCAUGCAUGGGAGAGAGAUUGGUUCCCACAUUUCCCUGUCCCAUCGAAUCAUCGCACGAUCCCUAGCUUGUGGCAUAGACACUUCUGAGAGAAGUUGUGUCAGAACUCUACAGUCGCCUGGGAGAAUUCUAUCAGGCUUAAUGAUCAAUGUAUAAAAGAAAACUGGGGACUUGUUUGAUCGAUCAAAACUUGUUUAUGAUGUAACUAUAACUGGUUUCCAAUGUACAUUGUGAGCUUUCCAAGAACAAUUGUUAUAAUUAAUUAAACACAAGUUAUCGAC